GGAACUUGCGCCUCCACUGCAUGUGUGUGUGCGCGCGUGGCCGUGCGCGCGUUGUGGCUUCCUCACUGAAACUUCACGCAGCAGGUUCACGGCGCGUUACCGGGUGACAUGAGCGCUGUACACGCAGGGUCGCGGUGGACAUCUAAUCCUAGGAAUGCGUGGAUCCGUGUUUCUGGAUCCGUAAAGAAGGCGUAAAGUUUUUGGGUUUUUUUCUGCAUGGUUACGUAGAAUUAUUGAAUUCGCUUUUUAAUUCUUUUUAAACUAUCGUGAUUAAAAAAUGAGGUUCAACGGUUACCUGAAGCUCCGGAUCGGCGAGGCGGUGGGACUCAAACCCACCACCUUCUCCCUGCGCCACUCCGUCAUCUUCAACAAAGCGCCCGCGACCAUGGACCCCUACAUCAUGGUGAAGGUGGACGACCUGAAGAUCGGACAGACCCUCACCAAACAGAAGACCAACACGCCGACGUUCAACGAGGAGUUCUGCCUCAACGUGACCGACGGGAAGCAGAUCGAGAUGGCGGUUUUCCACGACACCCCGAUCGGGUACGAUGACUUUGUUGCCAACUGCAUCGUUCCGUUUGAGAGCCUCAUGGAGACCUCCAACACCGGAGAGACGUUCGAUGGAUGGAUGGACUUGGAGCCUGAGGGCAAGGUGUACGUUCACAUUACACUCAAUGGAUCCUUCACUGAUGACGAUGCCAUAGUUAAAGAGAGGAAGAGCUUCAAGCAAUUCACAAGGAAGAGACAAGGAGCCCUGAGACGGAAGAUCCACCAGGUGAACGGACACAAGUUCAUGUCCACUUUCCUCCGGCAGCCCACCUUCUGCUUCCACUGCAAAGAGUUCAUCUGGGGGGUUUUUGGAAAGCAGGGUUACCAGUGCCAAGUGUGCACCUGCGUGGUUCACAAGCGAUGCCACCAGCACGUCGUCACCACGUGUCCACGCAUGAAGAAGCCGGCGAAAGAACAGCCCAUAAACCCAGGCUUCAGCAUCAACAUCCCUCACAUGUUCAACGUCCACAACUUCAAGUCCCCCACCUUCUGUGACCACUGUGGCUCCCUGCUGUGGGGAAUUGUCAAACAGGGGCUGCAUUGUAAAAUCUGUAAAAUGAAUGUUCACAUCCGCUGCAAAGGCAACGUGGCUCCAAGCUGUGGGGUCAACAGCGUGGAGCUGGCCAGUAAGCUGUCAGAGAUGGGUUUGCAGGCUGGAGGACUCUCUAAACGCAAUUCAGUGGCCCAGAGUCAGAUGAGAGCGCCCACUGAGAGGAGGGAGAGUACGGAGAGUCAGCAGCAGACUCCUCGACUGGGCAUCUCGGACUUCACGUUCCUUCAGGUCCUUGGCAAGGGCAGUUUUGGCAAGGUGAUGCUGGCGAGACUAAACAUCAAAGAUCAGGUUUUUGCGGUCAAGGUGUUGAAGAAGGACAUAAUUCUGCAGGACGAUGACGUGGAGUGCACCAUGACCGAGAAGAGGGUGCUGUCGCUGGCUUGCUGUCACCCCUACCUCACACAGCUGUUCUGCUGCUUCCAGACGCCGGACCGUCUCUUCUUUGUGAUGGAGUUUGUGAACGGUGGCGAUCUCAUGUUCCACAUCCAGAAGUCCAGGAAGUUUGAGGAGCCCCGAGCUUGUUUCUACACGGCAGAGAUCACCUCCGCCCUCAUAUUCCUGCACAACAAAGGCAUCGUCUACAGGGAUCUAAAGUUGGACAAUGUUCUUCUUGACAAAGACGGCCACUGUAAGUUGGCAGACUUCGGCAUGUGCAAAGAGGGCAUUUUUGACGGCAUAACAACAGGAACUUUCUGUGGGACCCCGGAUUACAUCGCCCCUGAAAUCCUGCAGGAGAUGCUGUACGGGCCCUCCGUUGAUUGGUGGGCUCUCGGGGUGCUCCUGUAUGAGAUGCUGUCGGGACACGCCCCCUUUGAGGCCGAAAAUGAAGAUGACCUCUUUGAAUCCAUCCUCAACGAAGACAUUGUUUAUGCGUCUUGGCUCAGUGCCGAGGCAGUGAAUAUACUCAAAGCUCUCCUGACCAAAAACCCCGCCCGGCGUCUGGGCUGUGUGGCCUCAGGGGUUGGCGAGGACGCCGUGACCAGCCACGCCUUCUUCGCCGACAUUGAUUGGGAGAAGCUGAAUCGCAGGGAAAUGGAGCCACCUUUCAAGCCCAGGAUCGUAAAAACAGCAGAAGACGUCAACAACUUUGACCCAGAUUUUACUCAGGAAGCGCCCACCCUCACGCCCAUCGACGAACCGCUGAUCCCCUCCAUCAACCAGGAAGAGUUCCGUAACUUCUCCUACACGUCGCCUGAGCUGCUGGAGAGAUGAGGGUCUCCUCGCGGACCCUCUCACUCGUCUCUGUGUCUGUGGCUUCUUCUAAGACUGUUCCCAGCGGCAGUACGAUGCUGUCACAUUCCCCGGAGACACGGAGGUGCAAAUUGCCAAGGAGUCCGUCAAACACAAGCUUGACAACCGCUGAGUCUGUCCCUUAUGAACUCUUAAGCAUUCCUGUGGACCCCCAAAAGAGGGGAAUGUGAUCACAUUUCAAAAGUGACUUUUAGUUUUGCGGUUGGGACUCAUUCAUCCGAGCGUCUGUGUAUUUGACAUGUGGCGUAUUGUAACCGUGUAAGCUCUACAACCUCAGAAUUGUUUUGUACAUUUUUGUCUGAAUUUGCCUCGCCUUCAAAUGGAGAAAAAAAAUAGUUUGUUUUUUACGUUUGUCUAGAGAAUGGAAUAAAUAACGAGCCAGCCGGCCAGAAGAAGUCAAGCUCCCACUCAAAACCUGAGAAGAACUGAGCGAGCAAAUGAAAUAGUUAUUCAGUGAUGUGACCGUGUGCUGGAGAGAAACCAGUGCUCAGCGACCCGCACGCAGGGGCUAGAUGACAUUUAAAACAAUCACACGGAUGGUUUAUCUAAAUGGCUGCAGGCAGUGUGGGAUAAUCGAUGGUGUUUAUAGGUCAAACUCCGUUAGAAAAACGUCUCAAUAAUUCUCUUGAAUGAAGUCGGAAGAAGUGAAGGAUCGGUGGUGAUUCACGCUGAAUCAGGGCCAAAACUUUUGAGAUUACGCCACACGCUUACGCUGUUACCAGUAUGGUGUUGGUCAAUUGCCAUCUACAGAAGACGCGCAUGUGGCGGUUUUGCAAGUGCAAACAGCUAUUAAACAGUCUUCUGCGCACACACACACACACACACACACACACUUUCUCUUUGUUCCUCUCAACAAACAGAGCCAUCGAAUGCUCACACAGGCCUUUUCAUACUUUAAAAUCCCAUAAAGAUUUUUGAGUGCACUGGCUGCUGAACACUUAGGCCACCCUCACUGUGAGAAUAUAUUAAUUAGGGGUGUUUAGGGAGACGGACCGAGAGGAAACAUUAAAGUUGUGACCCUCCAGUACAGUAACUUUGGCCUCAUUUUGGUGGAGGCCUUCAACAGUUCAUUUCUUCUCUUUGCAAACCUGUAGAGACUAAACAGGAAACCACACAGCGUCGUUGCUGCCGGCGCCCAUUGAAACAGGAAGACACAAUAAUUAUGUUUUUUCGGGGGCUCUUUAAGAAGCGAGAAUAUCAUACCGUAUUUGCUAUUGCUGGCAACAAUGAGGGGGAAAAAAGACACUUCAAAAGGUAUAUUGUGUUCCCCGUGAUGACCGUUAAAGCGGAGAUGAAUUCUUCCUGUUAGUUUCAAGGAGGAAGUCUUCAGGCUCCACAUCUGUUUGUCUCUUCAACCCGUAUCCUGUCGCAGGCCGUGUGACUAGACGCUGUAAAUGUGUGGCUACAAAUACAUAUGUGAAGAAUCUGAAACUAAAAGCAGUGCUUUUACUGCUUUUGCUUAUUUGCAAAAACAAAAUUAAAAGAACUACUAAUAAUGCAA